UGGUCUCACAAUUAAAGUUAGGAUCAUCACGGAUCGUACUCGGCUGUUAUGUUAUUCUGUAAUUAUGCUGUCUCACCCGCCAAAGGAGGAAGGAAGACUACAUUGGAAGAAAGAAAGAAGAGGCGACACUACGUUGAAAGGCCGCCCAUCCGGAAACCCGAACACGGUACGAUCGGAAGCGAUAAUUCCCGGUCACCUAAGGGACUGCACGGACAUCCGUCGGGGGCAUAUGUCUCUGACGUGGAGCUGGAAAAGGAACUGCCAGGAUCGCUGCCCGGGAAUUUCCGGAGCCUUAGGCGGAAGAGGAGCCCUUGGAAGAAAAUUAUAUUAUGCGCUCUUUAGAGCAAGGAUUCGCGGACAGCGUGAUAAGCAGGAGUCAAUUGGUGUGACGAUCUCCUGAGGAAGGGGAACCGAACGGCCUGCGUGAAUUCGCAAAGAGUUCCUGGGACUCAUUCUAGCUGUGGCUGAGCUGUAGUUGUAUAGGACAUGCGAAGUCGCCGUUGACGAGUGCCUUUCGAGAAUCGCUGUCGUGAGAGGAAUUGUCGAGGAGAUGAGCUGAAGGAUCAGGACGCUGAGACGAGCGUCACCGUCGCUGCUGUAAAGCUGCCGAUCCGGGUUCGUAGCUUUGGGUGGAUCGUGCGUGGAAAAGCUCGCGUCGCGGAAAGCGUGUAGAGUCGUGCAAUUGCGAGACAUGUGCCAUCCUCCGAAGCAUUGUGCUUAGAUGAAUUAUGCGUUGUCGAGUUAUUGAGUAUGGGAAUAAGUUUCCGCCCAUUGCAG